UUUGGUCCAGAGGAAAAUGGGGUUUGGUGUAAAUCUAGGGUGUAUUGCUGUCAUAUAUCACGCUACCUCGUAAAAACGACACCGGGGAUUCUGGGCCAACAAAUCUGAGAGGAAAAAAUAUGAGUUCUUAUUAUGUGGACGGUCUUCUGAGCAAAUCCGCGGCGGUGAGUUCCCUGUUCCCGAGCGCAGAGCGCGCUUGGAGCACUUUUGGAGCUUGUGGAGAAAAGCAGGGCUCCUCUCGGACUUCUGCGGCCGUCUCCUGCGCGCCGCCUCUCUCGGGAGUUUACGGCGCCAAUAACGCAGCCAGCCGGAGCUAUCCGGUGUUUACCUCAGGCGAUGCGCGCGGAGGGGACGCUCUGCGCUACAGUCCCUUUGACCAGAACCGUCUGUUCAGCGAUGGCAGCUGUCAUCCGGGUCCGGGACCCCACUUUCCACCUCCAAACAAGCACCGGAUGUACCCCUGGAUGCAGGCAUCAGAUCCAAAUCGUAAGCGGGGACGGCAGACCUACUCCCGGUACCAAACCCUGGAGCUGGAGAAGGAGUUCCACUUCAGCCGGUAUCUGAGCCGCAGGCGCAGGGUCGAGAUUGCGCACGCCCUGAGCCUCACGGAGAGACAAAUCAAAAUCUGGUUCCAGAACCGCAGGAUGAAGUGGAAGAAGGACCACAAGGAACAGUCGGGCCCCGCGCAGGCGCACGCUGGGGUUCAGGCCCUGUCCGAUCCAGAAGACCCAGAGAGCGCAGAGGUGGAAUCCCAAACUGCAAAGUGACCAUAGAGAUGGACAGAGUUAGAUCACUGUUUUCCUGGGGGAGAGAUAAGAAGGGACAAAUCUUUCUAUGCACUAAUAGUAUUUUAGUCCUCGUUUAAAAUUUGCAUUCCUCUAAGAAGAAACUAUAAAUCUAUUUGCUCUUCAGGAUUCGAAAACCCACUCCAGAUAUAUACAAAACGUAAGACAGCAACAAAAGCAGCUUUUUAGAUCAGCUAACUACUUUAAAUUCAAUUAAAUGUAUUAAAAAAUAUGACUUUGCUAUCUUAGGCUUUUUGCUUUGAAAUGAGAUUUGAAUAUUUUUUUCCAGGCAUUUAAAUGCAUUUUGGAUGCGUAAAGCUCGCCAUUUUACGCACAGAAAUUCCGAAUGUUCCGCUGAGUAUUGUAAACAGAUUCCUUUGUAAUUUUUUAUUAUUUCUAAAAUCGUGUGGCUAAUAAAAUAUUUAAUGUCAUUACAUUUAUUUGUCGUCAUAUUUAAUGUAAAAACUAAACACAUUUUAGCCAAAAGAAAAAAUGUUGUGAAUACAAAUAGCAGAAAACGUUGGAACAGUCGCACGAAUUCUAUAAAGUUUAUUAUUUGGAUAAAAUUGCUUUAGAAAGAAUGAAUUUGAAGACAAAAGUUUAAAGAAAAUCGUGAGAACAUUUUACUGAUCGAAACAAGAUAAAGUUCACUUUGGAGCGCACUGGAAAACGGCGCAGUGGAAGAAUGUCAGCUAUGAGGAUGCGAGAUGGGACAAGCUGCAGAUGACUGCUGAGCUGCUCCCAAAGUCUCAGCAAGAUGGCGCCUCACCCCUCCCUUUCUCCCCCACUUUCCCCCUCCCUCCCUCCUCUCCCCGGCGCCGGGUCAUAAAUCCGUUGUUGUUUAUGAAAAUUUACAGCGUAGCGGUCCAACUUUACGACGCGCCUCGGCUGCCUAUUGGCUGCAGCGCGUCACGUGGGAGGGAGCCGUGAACAUGAACUUUUUUUUAUAUAUAUAUAUUUAAUUUCCAAUAGCAGAAAAGAGCCGCCUGUCAUUUAAAAAGGACUCCACGAUCCUCCUCACGCGCCUUCGCUCUCCACCUCCUGCUCUUUUCAUUCCGGAUGGAACGAUGCGGGAGCUCCAAGCUGAAGGUGAAAGGAUUAUUCCGGACAACUGUGUGGAAGAAACCCUCAUGGGCUCCGUUUUCUGACUAAAGGAAUCGAGACUUUCCUCCGUCAUCUGCACCUGCUCCACGCCCUCCCCUCACCUUCACCUCCUCUGACGAGGUAGGACCCCCGCAGCUUCUGUGUCCAUGGCAUGUUUGCUCAUUCUGAACUGAUAGGGUCUGAACGGAAGUCUCUCUUUAAAAUAAUCUUUUUUUUUUGGCUAAAAUGUUGAAAUCUUCUGAUGUGACAUUAGUCGUGUUUCAUUUACAUAUGAAAUAAAUUAAAAAUACUAAUUUUCUAAUCUAUAAGGUUGACAUUGGGUUUCUUUGGUGACGUGUGGUUUGUGAUAAUUGGCUGUUUAUCUUUUAAGAAAAGGAACCAGAAUGUGCGCUCUUUGUCGCCCUCUUGUGGAAAAACGAGAAGCGUGCAGCUGUUUUUUUAUCUGCAAUUGGACAAACUGUGACCUGUUUUUGUGUGCACGCGUGUUUUCCUGCUUGCAUUGAAUGAAAAUCUCACCUGCUGAAGUUUUGAAUGAAGACACUCAACCUUUUUCACUUUGUGUUACAUGUUAAGAAUUUAAUUGUGGAAAUGCAGAUUUUGGCUUUAUCCUCUUUUUUGGUGGAGCAUUUUGGUUCUGGUUUUGGUGCAUUUGAAACAGUCAAAUGUCUCGGUUUCUACACAAUAAAUCACGUCCAAAACGUGAA